GCGUCGCAGCCCCGCCGGCGCGCGAAGAAGAUGGACGACGGCGAUCGCGGAGGCCUGGAAAAAAGGAGCCAAAAGGACAAGAGAAGAAAAGCUCCCCCACGUUUUCUGUUCAGUCUCGGCUCAAUUGGCGACUCUCACUUGAGCGACGCCUCCUUGGGUCGCUUGUUCUUCUUCGCCUUAACAUCUGCUCACUGAGGAGGAGGAGGAGGAUGAUGAUGAUGAUGAUGAUGUGCUGCUCAACCGCGACGCUUUGCUUUCGCUUUGGGAGGAACAAAAUCCGGUCGGCAACAACGAAGACCGCAUCACGCUGUCCUAAGCUGGGAGUGCUUGCCGCUACAGCGUAAUGUGCUCACCGCCGACGAUGCCCGCUCCCCCUCGGGAAGGGUUCUCACACCUGCUGCUCCGCCACUGGCAGGAGACAAAGACUGCCUCGUUAUGGGCCACCUGAAGCUUUCCACAACGCUGAGAGACAACAUGGCCAACAGUUCCCUUGGCUCCCAGGUGCCUCCAAAUCCUAAGCCAACAGCCGUGUCCCCAGAGAUCCUUAACGGCAUUAGCCUAUCGCUGCUGGUGUUCUUGUGCUUCGUUAUGGUCGGCAUUCUGCUGUUUGCCCUGCUCGGGAACAUGGUGGUGUGCCUGAUGGUCUACCAGAGGUCAGCCAUGCGCUCGGCUAUCAACCUCCUUUUAUCGAGUCUUGCGUUUGCCGAUAUGAUGCUCGCCAUUGUCAACAUGCCAUUUACGCUAGUUACUGUCAUGACCACCGACUGGAUUUUCGGGGAGGUUUUCUGUCGGGUUUCGGCCAUGCUGUUUUGGUUCUUUGUGAUUGCGGGAGUGGCUGUUCUGCUUAUAAUAAGCAUCGAUCGCUUUCUUAUUAUCGUCCAGAAGCAAGAUAAGCUAAGUCCACAGAGGGCUAAAGUGCUCAUACUGCUCACAUGGGGACUUGCAUUCUUUUUCUCCUUUCCAUUAGCUGUCGGUUCCCCUCGCCUGCAGAUCCCCCCCAGGGCCCCUCAGUGCGUUUUUGGCUAUAGCGCUGAACCUGAUUACCACGCUUAUGUAUUGAUAUUAAUGUUGGUCUUCUUCUUUAUACCCUUCAUGGUCAUGUUGUACAUAUUCAUGGGAAUUCUAAACACCAUCCGCCACAACACAGCCCGCAUCCACAGCCACCCGAGCCAAGCCAGCAAACUCGGCUUGUUAAGCCCCCGGAAGCCCUUCCAGAUGCACGUCGACGUGAGUUUUAAGACGCGUGCCUUUGCCACCAUCCUCAUCCUCUUCUGUGUGUUUACAGUGUGCUGGGCACCCUUCACUGCCUACAGUCUCGUAACAACGUUCAAUGAUGACUUCUACUGCAAAGACAGUUUUUUUCAAGUCAGCACGUGGGUGUUGUGGUUAUGCUACCUAAAGUCAGCCCUCAACCCUAUCAUUUACUACUGGCGCAUCAAAAAGUUCCGUGACGCUUGUCUUGAUCUGAAACCAAAGUACUUUAAGUUUCUUCCUCAGCUGCCAGGCAACACAAAAAGACGCAUACAACCAAGCGCUGUUUAUGUUUGCGAAGGGCAUCGGUCUGUGGUUUAAGGAAGAAUUCCGCUGCGCAAAAUUCGAUCGAUCUUAUUUGAGCCACAUCUGCACCAAACGGCACUCUCCAGUCCAGCUCGCCGCUUUCUGAUUUAGACAGCAAAUCCUGAUCGAGGUUGUUAUGCCACAUGGAUGGCGGUAGCUGCUUCCUGGAAAUAGGGUGCAUUGUAUCAUUCCAACACAGGGUAACCCGCAAAUGAAUUCAACACUGCAUAAGAAAAACAAAAACAGUGGAGCCCAUCAAAGUGUUGUCUCCAUUUAGAUACUGUACCAACAGAAAUUGUACAAAACAGUACAAAGUACAGUAGAAUGCAGUGGUACCUUUACAUUUGCAAUAGAUAUGCAUGUUUCCUUGUAAGUUAAAGUUCUGGCAGUUAUUUGCUGGCUAUUAGAGGACAGGUGAGACUGUUCACAGAUAACUGUGAUAACGGUCCCCCAUACUUUAACUCAAGAUAUUUGCUGGACAAAUAGGGGAAGGUGAGCUAUACACCAAAAUCUGUUCAUUUGGAUUUGAUUUCAUUCAUUCCAGUAUUCUGACACACAAUUUGUCAUUUUAUUGAAACAACACCUUUCAGGGCUGAGCAACAGUUUGCACCAAAUGCCAAUACAGUGAUUCUCACGAUAUCGCGGUUCAUUUAUUGCGGAUUCAGUACAUUGCAGAAUUUUUUGAAGGUCAGUGUCGUGCAGUUAUUCACCUGCACAUAUCUGAUACACGUAGCUCUAUGAUUUUAAUGUGGCAGCGAUGACUCACAAAAGGUUAAAUGGGGUCUUAUUCUUAGCAGAAAAAGAAAGCUUACCGAGUAAUCUGAACUCAUUGAUUUGAUAAGUCACCAAAUUGCUUGAGGAUACAAACAACACGACAGUCAAAUUUAUGAAACCCACUGUUUAAAACACAAGCCGCAAUAAAUUCACAAAUACCAACCUUAGCCUGACAAAUAGCUAAUGCACACACUUAUAACAAUGACAGGAACAAAUGCAAGUGAAGAGCAACGUUUAGCUUGAUUUUAUACAGCUACAAUACUGGAGUUAAAAACAUCACCGCGAUGAAUUCUAGGUUCCCAUGUUUUCCGCUGACUACAUUUCCAGCACCAUCAGUGUGAGGAACAGUACCAAUGCGUAAGGCAGGAAAUCGCCUGUUCAAACCAUGUCCACAUAGGCUGUUGUUCGCUUUGCUCAAGCGGCGCGUUUAACAGGCAUGUACUUGUGCAGUGUCUGGAUGCUGACGUCAAGUGGACAAAUAAAAUACGUGCGCCUCUUUAAAGUAUCACAUGUUGGCAUUAAAUAGCAUGUAUGAAAUUGAUAUGAUAAUGUAGUAAUUGGUCAUACUUUGUGGAUUUCAUUUAUUGUGUGGGUUACUGUGUAUCAAUUUAUCAUUUUGCUGUACUAUCAGUUGGAAUGUUUUUUUUUCCAGGGCUGGCGGUAAGUUUUGUCAAAUUGAAAUAAUUCUCUAAAAUUGAAUGUCAUGUAAAGCUGUCCUCAGCGCAGGUCAGUUCCUUUAUCUGGAAAUCACAUUUCCACAUGUGAUCCAAGCCAUCAGUGUAUUGUGUUUUCUGUCAUGCUGUGGCUGAUAUACAGCGGCUGAAAUAAGUAUUUAACACUUCACCAUUUUUCUCACGAAAUAUACUUCCGAGGGUGCUAUUGACCUGAAAACGUCACCAGAUGUUGGUCCAAGAAAGUAGAACAACUAAGAUCAGAAAUUAUGUCGUGUGUAGUAAUGUGAAAUGACACAGGGGAAAAGUUUUGAACACACGAAGAAAGGGAGGUGCAGAAAGGUUCGGAAAGCCAAGACAACACCUAAAAUCUAUCAAUAAUCAAACGGCGAUCCAGCCCCUUGUCCGUGCAAAUGAAUAUCAGCUGGUUAGUCCAAAUGGAUGGCCUACAAAAAGGUCUCAUUGCCGAUGUGUGAGCCAAGACACAUCUCACGACGGGUAAGAGCAGAGAGCUGUUUCAAGACCAUCGCAAACUAAUUGUUGCCGAACAUAACGAUGGCAUUGGUUACAGGCGCACAUUUAAGCUUCUGAAUGUUCCAGUGAGCACGGUUGGGACCAUAAUACGUAAAUAAGUGGAAAGCCAAUCAUACCACCAUAAUUGUUUCUCCAUCAGGUGGUCCUCACAAGAUUUCUGACAGAGGAGUGCAAAGAAUAAUCAGAAGAUUAUCACUUGUGGAGAACUUCAAAAAGACCUGGAAUUAGCAGGUACUGUUUUCACAAGGAAAACAGUAAGUAAUGUACUCUGCCGCCAUGGCCUGUAUGCACGCUCACCACGCAAGACCCCAUUAUUGGAGAAAAAAAAAAAAAAAAAGCAUGUCAAAACUCGUUUAAAGUUUGCUGAACAACAUUUGGACAAGCCAGUCAAAUACUGAGAGAAUAUCGUCUGGGCUGAUGAGAGCAAAUUUGAACUGUUUGGAUGCCAAAAUGAACACCACGCUUGGAGGAGAAAUCGCACUGCACAUCACCCUAAAAACACCAUAGCAAGAGUCAAGUUCAGCGGUGGGAACAGGAGCGUGUGGGGGUGCUUUUCAGCAAAUGGUACUGGUAAACCACAUUAUUGAAGGAAGGAUUAAUGGGCAAAUGUACGGAGACAUUUUUGACAAAAAUCUGCUGCCAUCUAUGAGGAUAAUGAAACAAGGGUGGACAUUUCAGCAGGAAAAUGAUCCAAAACAUACUGCCAAGGAAACUCUCAAUUGGUUUCAAAGAGAGAAAAAUAAAGCUGCUAGAAUGGCCCAGCCAAUCACUUGACUUGAAUCCAACUGAAAAUCUGUGGAUAGAACUGAAACUCAAGGUCCAUAAAAGAAGCCCACAGAACCUUCAAGAUUUGAAGACUGCUUGUGUGGAGGAAUGGGCCAAAAUCACACCAGAGCAAUGCAUGGGACGAGUUUCUCCUUACACGAGGUGCCUUGAACCCGUCAUUGUAAACAAAAGCUUUUGUACAAUGUAUUAAAUACCAAUUGGCGUGUUCAGUAGUCGCCCCCCCCCCGUGUCAUUUCACAUUAUUACACACAACUUAAUUUCUGAGCUUAUUUGUUCUACUUACUUUGUAUGUAUUUGUAUUUACUUGGGUUGUUCCCAACAUCUGGUGAAAUUUUCAUGUCAAUAGCACCUUUGGAAAUAUAUUUAAUGAGAAAAAUGGUGACGUGUUAAAUACUUAUUUCAGCCACUGUAUUUUAGAUUGCUAUGGAAUUAAUAUAUGCAUCAUCAAUUCAACAUUGCCCUUAAAGCAAUGAGAUAUACUCCUAUUACCUUAAACUCACAGCGAACACUGUCGUGGCCAUUGAGGAUUCACCCACCCUUUUAUUGUAGAAGGGUGGCUGUCUGUGGUAUCUCUUCAGUCCUGUGAAAUAUUUGUACAAAAUGUGCAACGGAUGAAAAAUGAGACAGGAGUUAUUAAAGUGAAAUAACUGCAGUGGUUUACAUGUACAAUUUCUACACGUCCAACAAUUUUCUAGCUCAUGAGAAAACUUUCUUAGUGCUACUUUAAAAUGCAGUGUGACAAUGUUAAAGUUGUGAAAUCAGCCUACUGCAGUGCCAAAACAACAUGUGACUAUUGUGCUGAAAUUAGAUGAUCUUUUAGGAUUCGAAAUGAUUCUUUGUAAUUUACACACAGAUGCCUUCGCAAAAUUAUCGUGAAAUCAAGGCUGAGCUUUUUGAUGGCCAUCGCUCUACUUGACUGUUCCAAUGAGUAUCCCUUGAACAAUAACAUUUUGGCUUGUUUUUGAAUGACCACUAACAGGAGGAUGCCAAGUUUUUAUCCUCAUUACGGUUAUCCAAUAACCCUUAUCCUAAGAAGGUAGUGCAUAACUCAGUCAUCAUCUUUUGCUUUUUGAAAAACUAGAAGAUGAACAGGUGGAUCACUAGUGCAACAAGUUCAACAGUUUUUUUACUGACGAUAACAUAAAAUACUGAGACUAAUUCUGGGACGCACUGAAUGAGUGUUUUAUUUUGUUUUGAUAUUGUGUCAUGAAGCCAGGUAUUAGGUUUAAACUGACCUCAUUUUUUGAAGUUAGGUCUCAUAAGAAAAAUGGCAAUGUGUUUAACUGCAUAGAUCAGAGUGAAUAUUGUCUUUUUUUCCCCCUAAUGUGGCCAGAACACAUUUGAAGCGUGUGUGUUGUUUUUUUUAACUGUCUUUAGAUGUGCGUGUUUAGUCAGAAUGCUGCUAUACAGCGGCUGAAAUAAGUAUUUAUCACGUCACCCUUUUUCUCACCAAAUAUACUUCCAAGGGUGCUGUUGACCUGAAAAUCUCACCGGAUGCUGGGAACAACCCAAGUAAUCCACACAUAAAAAGAAAGUAGAACAAAUAAACUCAGAAAUUAAGUUGUGUGUAAGAAUGUGAAAUGACAGGGAAAAGUAUUGAACACAUGAAGAAAGGGAGGUGCCAAAAGGCAUGGAAAGCUAAGACAACACCUAAAAUCCAUCUAGAAUCAAACAGCGAUCCAGCCCCUUGUCAGUGCAAAGGAAUGUCAGCUGGUUCCGCACUAAUUGAUGGCCUACAAAAGGGUCUCGUUGCCAAUGUGUGAGUCAAGACACAUCUCACGAUGGGGAAGCGCAAAGAGCCCAUCGCAAACAAAUUGUUGCAAAACAUAAUGGUGGCAUUGGUUACAGGCGCAGAUCUAAAAUGUUCCAGUGAGCACGGUUGGGGCCAUAACGCGCAAGUGGAAAGCCAAACAUAGCACCGUAAAUGUGCCUCGAGCAGGUGCUCCUCGCAAGAUUUCAGACAGAGGAGUGCAAAGAAUAAUCAUAAGAGUUGUCCGAGAGCCAGGGACCACCUGUGGAGAGCUUUCAAAAAGACCUGGAAUUAGCAGGUACUGUUGUCACAAGGAAAGCGGUGAGUAAUGCACUCUGCCGCCAUGGCCUGUAGGCACGCUCACCACGCCGGACCCCAUUGCUAAAAAAAGGCUCGUUUAAAGUUUGCUGAACAACAUUUGGACAAGCCAGUUAAAUAGUAGGAGAAUAUAGUCUAAAAAAAGAAGCCCACGGAACCUUCAAGAUUGGAAGACUGCUUGUGUGGAGGAAUGGGCCAGAGCAAUGCACGCGACUAGUUUCUCCAUACAGGAGGCGUCUCGAAGCUGUCAAAGGCUUUUGUUCAAAGUGUUAAAUGAACACCAGUUGGCGUGUUCAAGACUUUUUCCCUGUGUCAUUUCACACUAUUACACACAACUUAAUUUCUGAUCUUACUUGUUCUACUUUCUUUGUAUGUAUUUGUAUUUACUCGGGUUGUUCCCAACAUCUGGUGAAAUUUUCAGGUCAAUAGCACCUUGGGAAGUAUUUUGAAUGAGACAAAAAUGGUGACGUAAAUACUUACUUCAGCCGCUGUAUCUCAUGGUGAGACUGUGCAAUUAUCCUGUACUGUACAUUAGUGUACUCUUGAAUGUAAUAAAGAAAUUGACAUUU